UUUGAAAGAAUUUGACAUUUGACAUAACCUAAGAAAAAUUAAAACAUGUCUAAAAUAAGAGAAACUUUAGUUUCAAAUUGCGAAAAGAAGUUUGUUUUAAAAAACUUAUCGGAACAUAAAAGAUUAGAUGGAAGAGCAUUUGAAGAAUUUCGCGCAAUAAAAAUCGAAUUUGGGAAAGAUUGGGGCUCCUGCCAUGUAACUUUAGGCGAGACGAAAAUUUUAGCUCAAGUAUCAUGCGAAAUCCAACAACCAAAAGCGUCACGUCCCAGCGAAGGCCUACUCAAUAUAAAUUUGGAAUUAAAUCCUUUAGCUGCGCCUCAUUUCGAACCUAAUCGCCAAUCGGAUUUAUCUGUUCAAUUAAACAGACUCUUAGAGAAAGGAUUAAAAGAUUCAAAAGCGGUGGAUUUGGAAUCUUUGUGCAUUAAACUAAAUGAAAAAGUUUGGUCUUUUCGAGUGGAUAUAAAUGUUUUAAAUCAUGAGGGGAAUAUUUUGGAUGCUGCCUCAGUUGCUGCAUUAAGUGCAUUAACUCAUUUUCGAAGACCUGAUGUAACUUGUGAAGGGGAAGAGUUUAUUGUGCAUAAUUUUGCGCAACGGGACCCAAUUCCUACUGUGAUUCAUCAUUAUCCCAUUUGUAUUUCAUACGGGGUUUUUAAUAAUGGUGAAAUAAUUUUAGCAGAUCCAACUUUAUUGGAAGAAAAUGUAUCUCAAGCACAAUUAUCAUUAUCAUUAAAUGCUUAUAAAGAACUUUGUGGAGUCCAUUUAGGUGGAAAUGCCCCAAUUGGUAUUGAAUCUAUCAUGAAAACAACAAAUAGUGCUUCAAAAAGGGCUAAAGAGAUUAUUGAUUACAUUAAGAAAAGCAUUGAGGAAGAUUCUAUAAAAAGGAAAUCUAAACAACAUAUUGGAUUUAAUCAAACUCUUUAUAAUGACACAAACGUUUUACCAACAUUGGCAAACGAAGAAUUAACUAAAUGUUUAGAUAAGUGGUCAGUAAACAAAAAGAAGAGGGCUAAAAAACGAAGAAGAUCUAACAAUGAUGAUAAUAAAUAUUCUGAAACAACAAACUUUGAAAAAUUGGGUAAAAAUGCUGUUGCUUUGAUACCUUGUGAUGAUGAAAAGAAUGAUUGGGUUGUUAGUAGUGAUGAGGAACAAGAAACUCCGCAAGUAUCAGUUAAAAAUGUUAAAAAGAAUAAAAAUCAACGAAAAGACGAAAAGAUGGAGCUUGGUGAUAGCGAAGAAGAAAAUGUGGUAAUUCUAAAUCCAACUCAAAAGAAGGAACGAAGAAAGAAAAAAUAUUAAAAUCUGAUUAAGCAAUUACAGUUUUAAUUCUUUACUGUUGUAUUAUACAC